AUGGAGGGCCUGGCCGGGUACGUGUACAAGGCGGCAAGCGAGGGGCGAGUGCUGACCCUGGCCGCGCUGCUCCUCAACCGCUCCGAGAGUGACAUCAAGUACCUGCUGGGCUACGUUAGCCAGCACGGCGGGCAGCGCUCCACCCCGCUCAUCAUCGCCGCCCGCAACGGGCACACCAAGGUGGUCCGCCUGCUCCUCGAGCACUACCGCGUGCAGACCCAGCAGACCGGCACGGUCCGCUUCGACGGCUUUGUCAUUGAUGGAGCCACAGCUCUCUGGUGUGCAGCAGGAGCCGGCCACUUUGAAGUAGUCAAAUUGCUGGUGAGUCACGGCGCCAAUGUGAAUCACACUACGGUGACCAACUCGACUCCCCUGCGGGCUGCGUGUUUUGAUGGCAGACUGGACAUUGUGAAAUACCUGGUAGAAAACAAUGCCAACAUCAGCAUUGCCAACAAGUACGACAACACUUGCCUUAUGAUUGCAGCUUACAAAGGUCACACGGACGUGGUGAGGUACCUCCUCGAGCAGCAUGCCGAUCCCAACGCCAAGGCCCACUGCGGUGCCACGGCGUUGCACUUUGCAGCCGAAGCCGGCCACUUGGAAAUAGUGAGGGAGCUGGUCAAGUGGAAGGCGGCGAUGAUGGUGAACGGCCAUGGGAUGACUCCGUUGAAAGUCGCUGCUGAGAGUUGCAAGGCCGACGUUGUAGAGCUGCUGCUUGCUCACGCCGACUGUGAUAGGAGAAGCCGGAUUGAAGCUCUGGAACUUUUGGGUGCCUCUUUUGCAAAUGACAGAGAAAACUAUGAUAUAAUGAAGACUUACCACUAUUUAUAUUUAGCGAUGCUGGAGAGGUACCGAGACAGCGAGAAUAUAAUUGAAAAAGAAGUUCUUCCACAAAUUGAAGCUUACGGAAACAGGACUGAAUGCAGGACUCCUCAGGAAUUAGAGUCUAUUAGGCAGGACAGAGAUGCCCUUCACAUGGAGGGCCUCAUUGUGCGAGAGAGAAUUCUGGGCUCGGACAAUAUCGACGUUUCUCACCCUAUUAUUUACCGGGGAGCUGUUUAUGCAGAUAACAUGGAGUUUGAACAGUGUAUUAAGCUAUGGCUCCAUGCAUUGCACCUAAGGCAAAAAGGCAAUAGGAACACUCAUAAGGACCUCCUGAGGUUUGCUCAAGUCUUUUCUCAGAUGAUACACUUAAACGAGCCUGUUAAAGCCAAGGACAUCGAGAGUGUUCUGAGGUGCAGCGUCUUGGAAAUAGAACAAGGCAUGUCCCGGAUCAAAACCACCCAAGACUCUGACAUCCACACAGCCAUGGACAACUACGAAUGCAACAUUUUUACUUUUCUCUACUUAGUCUGCAUCUCUACCAAGACCCAGUGCAGUGAAGAGGAUCAGUCGCGAAUCAACAAACAGAUUUAUAACCUGAUUCACCUUGAUCCCAGAACUCGGGAUGGCUCUAGUUUGCUGCACCACGCUGUCAAUUCCAGUACACCGGUUGAUGACUUCCACACAAAUGAUGUCUGCAGCUUUCCCAACGCGCUUGUCACAAAACUCUUGCUAGACUGUGGUGCUGACGUCAACGCUGUGGACAACGAAGGAAACAGUCCGCUCCACAUCAUUGUCCAAUAUCACAGGCCCAUCAGUGACUUCUUGACAUUGCAUUCCAUCAUCAUUAGCCUGGUGGAGGCUGGUGCUCAUACAGACAUGACGAAUAAGCAGAAGAAAACCCCUCUUGAUAAAAGUACAACAGGGGUGUCUGAAAUACUCCUUAAAACUCAAAUGAAGCUGAGUCUCAAGUGCCUGGCUGCCCGAGCAGUACGGAUCUAUAACAUCAGCUACCAAAACCAGAUCCCCAGAACUCUGGAAGAAUUUGUGAAGUUUCACUAG